AUGGCGAUGCCACCAUCUAUCAUCAACGUUCAUACUCCUUCAGAAUCCUUUGCCAUCGUUCACUCCAUAACCCAGGAAUCACUGGAAGCUUUGUAUGACAAGCUCAGCCGAAAGGCUCAUACUGCCUAUCAUGGCAGCCGUGUCGGACCUGGCUGGCUCAAAUACGAGUUCAAUGAUUCCGUCUGGAACCUCGACGAUGAUUCAGAUUAUACCAUUUUCGUCUGGCGCCAGCAACAGAGCUCUGACGAUCAAGAAGCUUCGACGUCGACGGCAGUGCCAUCAAUAAGUAUCAACAAUAAAACGACACCAACGCCGACACUUUACCUCCACAAUCCCUCACAAUCCAUUCCUGCUCCGCCGGAGUACCGGAAUGCAGCAUAUUACCUUUUCCACCCUUCUCAUAUUUCUUCUCGAAAGAGCCCAUCGCCACGUCCACACAGCACAAAGUCUCGCAAGACCAAGGGCAGCAGGCGCACGAACAACUCUACGCUGAGCGAUGAAGACAGCGGUGUGCCCAAAUUUAAACGGGAAUUCGAGAAGUUCCACAGUGCCAAUGGAGUUCGAACCGUCAUGGGAAGCAUCGGUCCUGUGCAAAAUGUGCGCAUGCUACUCAAGUCUGGAUACCGACAUGUGUACAUUUCUCGGGAUUUUGCCAAAGCACAUGGUUUUAUACCCGACGAUGCGGCACCUGGGCAUUAUGGUUACGGCGGGCUAGUGAAUAUUGGCACUUGGCCUAUAACACUUACGCCAUCUUCCACAGCGUCUAGUCACCCGAACGCUCCACCCCCUCCACCCGUGCCUACUUCGUCUAAAUUGAAUGGUGUCAAGAAGAAAAGCUCUUCUGAUGGCAACCAACCCACGAAAACCGUGACCCUCAUAACUGUGUACCUCUCAGAAGAACCACACUUCGACGUUGUACUUGGGAGGUCGUUUUUUGAACGCCGGCAGAUACAAACAAAUCCCAUUGACCCGACAGAUAUCGUGUGUCUUGAUACUGGGGAGAAGAUUGAGUGCGAGUUGAUCAUUCUAAAGGAUGGGAAAGGUGAGAUUGUCACUGUGACGUAG